CGCGGAGAUGUGGCCCCUGGCGGCGCUGCUGCUGCUGGGCUCGGCGAGCUGCGGUUCGGCUCAGCUAAUAUUUAACAUAACCAAAUCUGUAGAAUACACUGCUUGCAAUGAAAGUGUUAUCAUCCCAUGCUUUGUUAAUAAUGUGGAGGCCACAAACAUUAAUGAGAUGUAUGUAAAGUGGAAAUUUAGAGGAAAAGACAUCUUCACCUUUGAUGGAGCUGUACAAAAGACCACUCACGGUGAUAAGUUUAAGAGUACAAAAAUCGUACCACAGAAAUUACUGAAUGGCAUUGCCUCUUUGGAGAUGAGUAAGGAAGAAGCUGUUGUAGGAAACUAUACUUGUGAAGUUACUGAAUUAAGCAGAGAAGGCGAAACCAUCAUAGAAUUAAAAUAUCGAAUUGUUUCAUGGUUUUCUCCAAAUGAAAAUAUCCUCAUUGUUAUUUUCCCAAUUUUGGCUGUACUUCUGUCUUGGGGACAGUUUGGUAUUGUGACAAUUAAAUAUAAAUCCAGUAUUAUGAAGGAGAAAACCAUUUUUUUAUUUGUUGGUGGACUAGUGCUCACUAUAGUUGUCAUUGUCGGAGCCAUUCUUUUCGUCCCAGGUGAAUAUUCAACAAAGAAUUCUUGUGGACUUGGUUUAAUUGUAAUUCCUACAGUAAUAUUAACAUUACUUCAGUACUGUGUGUUUAUGAUAGGUGUUUGGAUGUCUCCUUUCACCAUUGCCAUAUUAAUCCUUCAGGUACUGGGCUAUGUGCUCUCUGUGGUUGGACUAAGCCUCUGUGUCUCAGAGUGCACCCCAGUGCAUGGCCCUCUUCUGAUUUCAGGUUUGGGUAUUAUAGCUCUAGCAGAAUUACUUGGAUUAGUUUAUAUGAAACUUGUUGCUUCCAAUCAGAAGACUAUACAACCUCCUAGGAGUAACUGAAGUGAAGUGAUGGACUCUGAUUUGGAAAGUAGUAAGACGUGAAAGGAAUACAAUUGUGUUUGAGCACCAUGGCCUUGAUUCACUGUUCAGGAGAAGAAAACAAGAAAAAUAACUGGUUCUCAUCUGUGGGAGAAAGUAAAUCAUUGACCCUGAAAUGAUUAUUGUUACAGUUAAGUUUUUAUUCAAAGCAUUUGUAACUUAGUUAAUAAAAGAAUUAUUAUCUG